CUUCUCCUCUCGCUCUCGCUCGACCCCUUUCCUUCCCUCUCGUUCUCGCCGCGUCUUUUGCCUCCUGGGCCCGCAUCAGAUGGCACAUGUCAGUGGUGGAGCAGGGGCACGGGCAAUGGCGUCCCUUCUGCUAUGCCCGUCGCCUGGUGUCCUUUCUCCUCCUCCCCUCCCUCGAGCCACCUCCCGGGGCGUGCAUGUCUCAGAUGCGGCCUGGCCCUGGACCGACGCACACGCCCAGGACGUGCUAUGUACGAAGGGACACCCUGGGUGCGCGCCUCAGCCUAGCCCUGGGCAAUCCAUGUCAACCCUCCUCUCACCUCCCAACAGGCGCCCCGAACGGAAAAGUCCAGCUGGGGGAGAGGCAGAAGCUCGGAUUUUGUUCCAGUGACCCUUGAUCCCUUCCGCCUGCAAGAAUAAACUUUGACCUUUUGCCGCUUGCAGUAUGACUAGCCGAUAUCCGGCGCGCAUGUUGCCUUGAGGGACC